AUGGCGCCGGUGGGCGGGGGCGGGCGCCCGGGUGGUGGGCCGGCCCGAGGGCGCCUCCUCCUGGCGGCGCUGGUGCUGCUGGUGCUGCUGUGGGCGCCGGGGGUCCGCGGCCAGGGCGGCCCCCAGCGGAGCGCGAUUCUGGGCAUGAGGCUGACGAGCUGCAGCAAAUCGUGUGAGAUAAACACGGAUGGCAUCAUCUCCGUGUCCGAGGGCAGCACGGUGAACCUGAGGCUGUACGGCCAGGGGCUGAACUCCUUCUCCAGCAACCUGAUCUCCUUCACUGAGGUGGACAACGCCGAGACCUUCCACAACUCCACCGAGUGCCCCGAGCUCACCAAGGACCUGGUCGUCCAGAAGCUGGUCAACGUGAGCCGCGGGGACACGUCGGGGACGCUGGUGGUGCUCACUAAGUUCCUCCGGAGGAGCGAGAGCGCGAAACUGUAUGCGCUGUGCACCCGGGCGGGCGUGGACAGGCCCUGGCAGAGGUGGACGGACAAGGAUUCUCUGCUCCUCAUGGUGGAGGAGGCUGGGAGGCUCCUGCCCCUCUGGCUGCACGUCCUCGUCAUUAUGGUGCUGCUGGGGCUGUCGGGCAUAUUUUCUGGCCUCAACCUGGGGCUGAUGGCCCUGGACCCCAUGGAGCUGCGCAUCGUGCAGAACUGUGGCACUCAGAAGGAGCGGCGCUAUGCCCGCAAGAUCGAGCCCAUCCGUCGCAAGGGCAACUACUUGCUCUGCUCCCUGCUGCUGGGGAACGUGCUGGUCAACACCUCCCUCACCAUCCUUCUAGACAACCUCAUUGGGUCUGGCCUCGUGGCCGUGGCCUCCUCCACCAUCGGCAUCGUCAUCUUCGGGGAGAUCGUGCCUCAGGCCCUGUGCUCCCGACACGGGCUGGCUGUGGGUGCCAACACGAUCGUCCUCACCAAAUUCUUUAUGCUGAUCACCUUCCCCCUCAGUUACCCCAUCAGCAAGCUACUGGACUUCUUCCUGGGCCAGGAGAUCCGCACCGUUUACAAUCGGGAGAAGCUGAUGGAGAUGCUGAAGGUGACCGAGCCCUACAAUGACCUCGUGAAAGAGGAGCUGAACAUGAUCCAGGGGGCCCUGGAACUUCGGACCAAGACGGUGGAGGAUAUCAUGACCCAGCUGCAGGACUGCUUCAUGAUCCGCAGCGAUGCCAUCCUGGACUUUAACACCAUGUCGGAGAUUAUGGAGAGCGGCUACACCCGCAUCCCCGUGUUUGAAGACGAGCAGUCCAACAUCGUCGAUAUCCUCUACGUCAAGGACUUGGCCUUCGUGGAUCCCGAUGACUGCACCCCGCUCAAGACCAUCACCCGCUUCUACAACCACCCGGUGCACUUCGUCUUCCACGACACCAAGCUGGAUGCCAUGCUGGAGGAGUUCAAGAAGGGGAAGUCCCACCUGGCCAUUGUGCAGAAGGUGAACAACGAGGGCGAAGGUGACCCCUUCUACGAAGUGCUGGGCCUGGUCACCCUGGAGGACGUCAUUGAGGAGAUCAUUAAGUCCGAGAUCCUGGACGAGUCUGAUAUGUACACUGACAACCGAAGCCGGAAACGGGUCUCUGAGAAGAACAAGCGUGACUUCUCAGCCUUCAAAGAUGCUGACAAUGAACUCAAGGUGAAAAUUUCACCUCAGCUACUUCUGGCUGCUCAUCGCUUCUUGUCCACGGAGGUGCCGCAGUUCAGCCCCGCUCUGAUAUCGGAGAAGAUCCUCCUGCGGCUGCUCAAGUACCCGGACGUCAUCCAGGAGCUCAGGUUUGACGAGCGCAACAAGCGCUGCGUCCGCCAUUACCUGUACGCGCGCAACAAGCCGGCCGACUACUUCGUGCUCGUCCUGCAGGGGAAGGUGGAGGUGGAGGCCGGGAAGGAGAACAUGAAGUUUGAGACGGGCGCCUUCUCCUACUAUGGGACCAUGGCCCUGUCCUCAGCCCCUUCUGACCGCUCCCCAUCCCACCCCACGGCCCUCAGCCGCUCGGCCUCCCUCAGCUACCCAGACCGCUCAGAAACGGCAAGCACCGUGCCCUUGGCAGGCAGCAGCAACCAGUUUGGCAGCUCGAUCUUGGGCCAGUACAUCUCUGAUUUCAGCGUGCGGGCACUCAUGGACCUCCAGUACAUUAAGAUCACCCGGCAACAGUACCAGAACGGGCUGCUGGCCUCACGCAUGGAGAACUGCCCCCAGUUCCCCCUGGACGGGUGCGCCAUCUGCACCGAGAACUCAGCUGACAAGGCCGAGCCGCCGCCGGCGGACGAGACCACGAACCUGCUGAAUGAGCGCAACUCCUUGCUGCACCGGACGUCUCACGAGAGCGCCAUCUGA